UUCCCCCACCCCCCAGUGUCGGCGGCGCUCGCCUGCUGCUGACUACACAAUCCAACAUGGAGUAGUGAGAGAUGGGGGCUCCUCUUCGAGACCAGCGCGCAGGCUUCAGCCACGGCAGGCGACGCGAGGCGAAAAAUCAGCGAUACAGCCAUCGGGAUGUUGCAUAACGCGAGGAUUCCUGGCUCUUUAAGCAGAUGCAUUGCAAACCGUGACGGAUAAAGUGCAUUGCGCGGAGGAAGAACGAAAAUAAGGAACGCUGAAACGGAUUUGGGGGAAACUCGUUGAUGCACUGGACUUUAAAAAAAAAGGCGAGGUGGAAAAUCGAGACAACAUGAAGCCCGAACGCUGCGCGCCCGCGGUGGGAUAUUAUUUUUAUUGUAGGUGAAACGAGGGGGAAAAUGACUGAGGAAUCGCACCCAGACGAUGACAGUUACAUAGUGCGAGUGAAAGCUGUGGUAAUGACGAGGGAUGAGUCUAGUGGGGGUUGGCUGGCUCAGGAGGGCGGCGGUCUCAGUCGAGUGGGCGUCUGUAAGGUGGUCCCAGCUGACCUGGAGCUCCUGGGACGCAACGGCUUUCUCAUCUUUGGCGAGAGACUCAAAGACAAGCAGGUGAUCCUGCAGUGCUUUCUGAAGAAAGAUCUGGUCUACACUAAAGCCACGCCCACUUUCCAUCACUGGCGAGUGGACAACAGGAAGUGUGGCCUGUCGUUUCAGAGCCCAGCCGACGCCAGAGCGUUUGAUCGCGGUGUGAGGAAGGCAAUCGAGGACCUCACGGAGGGCUCCACUACUUCUUCCUCAACCCUGCAGAAUGAAGCCGAACUGGGUGAUGAUGAUGUUUUCACGAAUGCCACAGACAGCUCGUCUAACUCUUCUCAGAAGAGAGAGCCGUCCAUGCAGACGCUCGCACCCAUCAGCUUCUCUGAGCCCCACCAUUGCAUUCUGGGACAUCUCUACGACCAGCACAGGCACUCUGACCGUUACUACCUGGAACAGACGGUGCCCAUGUUCCCAUGUUCACGUCACGUAAGGUUUCACGAGGAGGACGAGGAAAUCGUACGGAUUAACCCACGCGAGCGCUCUUGGUUAACGGGCUACGAGGACUAUCGCCACGCCACCACAGCCACACGGGGCAAACCUCUGCGGCCGGACCCCACGGACGCUUACGUUCACCUCGCUAAGAUCGAACCUCCCAAACACGACUACACUUACUCUUACCCACUCAGUGGGGACGGACACACAACCCGCGACAGCAAAACGGGCAUCGUCGGCGGCGUGGUCACUGGUCAGCCACGGCCGCUGACUGCCAAAUGGCUGCCGCGGCGUGUGGAGGACAGCAGAGAGCGCUUACGGUGCGUGUACUGUCAAAACAUGUUCAGUCCGGCCGAAAACGGACGCGGACGCUGUCAGGAAGCUCCGGACCCCGUGCAGACGUGCAUUCGUCGGGUGAGCUUCAUGUGGUGCGCGGACAGCCUGCUCUACCAUUGCAUGUCGGACCCCGAGGGCGACUAUUCGGACCCCUGUUCCUGUGACGCCAGCGAAGAGCGAUUCUGCCUGCGCUGGCUAGCACUCCUGGGACUGUCGCUGCUAGCGCCCUGCAUGUGCUGUUACGCGCCGCUGCGAGCGUGCUACCACUGUGGCGUCGCGUGCCAUUGCUGCGGCGGCAAGCACAAAGCCGCGGGGUGAGCGGGAGACGUGCGAGCACACCAGCAGCUGGGAAAAACUACAGCGUGAAAUGCAAAUGAAAAGUGGAAGAAUGAACUUGUGGCUGCAUUUGAGUUUUGCUCCCCCAUUUUUGUUUUGUUUUCUCAAUUUUAUUGUACUGGACAGCUGUCCUGGUUUGUAUUUUUCUUUGUUUUUAAAAGAGUAACCUUCAGCUUCCAUUUAAAAGACUACACGAUAAAUAUUCAUUUAUAUAUGAAAAGUAUAUAUAAAUAUAUGUAGAUAUAAAUAUAUAAAUCCAGGUACUUUAUAUUUUUAUGCUCAUCUGCUUUGAAGGUUUGAAUUAUCUUCCUUCCGUCUCAUCUUUGUUUUAAUAUGUUGGUUUGAUUUGAUUUUACUCUCCCGGCGUCAGCCUUUCGUUAUGUCUCUCCAGUCAGAGGCUUCUCUUCUACUGUGAUCCACUCCGUCUACAUAAGACAAACCCAGAGGAAUCCAAAAUAGCUGACCUGUAGGACGGUAGAUCUUGUGUACGCGUGAGUGUGUGUGUGUGUGUGUGCGUGGAUGUGGGAAAUGACAUUUUGCCAAAUUGCCAAUAUUAAUUUGCUGUGUGCAAACUGAUGGCAAACACAUUGCUGCCCAAAUGUAAAGCAGGUGUGUGGGUGAAUCUCAUGAAAACAUGUGCAGGUCAUAUUUUACCCCAAAAUAAAAAGAAAAUGGGCUUUAUCUUGCCUAUUUUAGGACCUUUUAGCAUUACUUUCAUGAUAAUUAAGCAUGUUUGCCAACCAAAGUGUCAUUACCGUAAUGCAAAAAAUUCCAUUACCAUAAUGUUUUUCUAUUUUCCAUUAUUAUAAUUGUGUUUUUUAUUACAAGAAAAGAGGGAAGAGUACACCAAAUACUACUAUUAUGUAUAAAUACUUUACAUUUUUUUCAUAUUCCAGUAAUGAGAGUAAGAUUGUUGUUGCACUGCUGUAAUGAAAUGACGUGCUUGUUUGUCAUGAAAGUUCAAAAAGUACAGUUAUUGGUUGCUUUCGGGGUGAGAUAUGAGUUGGACGUGUUCUUUAUGAGGUUUUGUGAGGCGUAUGUGCCUGCCUGUUAUUGAUGUUAUGAAAACCAGCCUCAAAAUCGAUGUACCCCUCCUACAGGGGGCGAAAAUCAAGAUGUCUUUUUCUCUGCCUUUGUCUUAAGCACAACACAAACUAGUAAAACUAACAAACAAGAAAAAACAACCAUCUAAACACUGUGCAAGUUGUUGUGAAGUUUUCAAAAUAUAUUUCCAGGUGCUGGCCUAUCAGCAUCAUCCUUCAAAACGACAUCCAGCCAAUCAGUGGACUGUGACAGCGUUGUCAUGACGACUGUGAUCCUGUUUGUCAGCUGAUGUUUUAUGUCCUAUUUGUCUCUCUCUUUCUCGUGUCUAUCAUCUCUCUUUCCCCCCCUCUUCCUGUGAAAAGCUUUUGCAGUAGUACUAUCUGAUGCGUGACAAAAGAGGAGCAGUUUUAUUUUUUUAUCGGUGUCCAGGAGAGUGAGUUCUCUGUCUGUCUGAUGCUCCUGAACAUUCUGAGAUUAAAAGAAAGUGCCUGAAUCAGCCAGUGCCGUCUCA